ACCGAUCUCUCUCGUUGUUUUUAUUUGACGUCCCAGACUUCAUUUUCUUAUACCUCUCCAAGAAGGCACUCAACAACAUAACGUUUUGGCCUCAAAAUUUAGUCCAAGUUUUAACUAACUAAAUACAUUUCGGCGAAAUAUGUCAAUGGACAACGAGAAACAAAAAGAUGAAAUCAUUGCAUUAGAAAGCAUCUACAACAAGGAAGAGUUCUCAUACCACAAGGAGAAUGACCAAUAUGAAUGUACCUUGAAAGCUUAUGUAACACUGCCCAAGGAUUAUUUUUUCACGUACAAAGAUAGUCGGCGUCCCGAAGAUCCCGUUGAAAGUGUACCCAUUUCUCAUCUACCACCAUUGUCGUUGUUCCUCACCUUACCAUUGAACUAUCCAUCGGAAUCACCACCAAAAUUUACUUUGGUUUCAUCUUGGUUGAGUCAAUAUGUUCUUGCUAAAUUAUGUAAAAAAUUAGAUCUGUUAUGGGAGGAGAACAAGGGACUGGAAAUUCUGUUCACGUGGAUGGCAUUUUUGAAAGAUGAGACACUUGAGUUUUUGAAUAUAGAAACAAGUCUUGGAAUUAACUCUGCCUAUACUUUCUACAAAAUGAAUUCAGAGGCGACUCAAAACGCAGGAAACAUUAGUGAAUUCAAGGGUGACAAAACAGAGGUUAAUAAAGAUCCAAAGAGCAAAAAUAUGGAACCAAGUAUAGAUGUGAGAAAAUCUGUGAUCAGAAAAACGACUCAUGAAAAACAUCCAACAAAAAAACGUGGUAAAAAACAAAGAACUAGAAAGUUUGUAGACCAACGGGCUAUUUCUGAUCGUUUAAUAGGUAUAAAUCCUGUCCAAAUGCUACUUGAUUAUGACUUGAAGCGCAAACAAACAGAGUUUAAAAGAAACUUCUACAUGUGCAAAAUUUGCUUCUUAGACAAAUUAGGGGACCAUUGUACACAAUUUGUACCCUGUUUCCACGUCUUUUGUAAGGAAUGUAUUUUCACCUACCUAGAAAUAAGAAUCAAAGAAGGAAAUGUUAAAAAUAUUAGUUGUCCAGAGGACAAAUGUUUGUCUGAAGCAACUCCAGGCCAAGUCAAGGAUUUAGUUAGUCAAGAAUUAUUUGCCAAGUAUGAUGCUACACUUCUGAGUGUUACGUUGGAUACAAUGACUGAUAUCGUCUAUUGUCCACGUCCCCACUGUCAAUAUCCUGUCAGUCGAGAGCCUAAUGAUAGGAUGGCAAGCUGUCCUGCUUGUCAAUAUGCCUUUUGCGUUUACUGUAAAAUGGUCUACCAUGGGAUCGAACCCUGUAAAUUCAAGUCAGCUGAAAAAGAAAAACUUGUAACCGAGUAUCAAAACGCUCCAGAUGAAAAGAAAGUCCAACUUGAGCAGCGAUAUGGAAGAAAACAACUACAAGCACUAGUCGAAAAUACAAUGUCCGAGCACUGGAUAAAUACUAAUAGCCGCCACUGCCCUCACUGCAAUGCUGCUAUUGAGAAAUCCGAUGGUUGUAACAAAAUGGUGUGCUGGCGCUGUAAUACAUAUUUUUGCUGGUUAUGUGGGACACGUUUAAGAGCUGAUACACCUUACGUACAUUUCCGUAGUCCGCAGUCCAAGUGCUAUAAUAUGCUCUUCCAUGGGGUGGUUCCGGAGGCAGGACAAGACGACGAAGACGACCUAGACUUUCCUGCAUUAUACCUUGACUAUAAUUCCGACGAUGAGGAAUUCAAUAACGAAGAUUUUGUGAUAGAAUUUGACCUGUAAUUGUGAAAUUCAGAGGUUCACAAUGGCAGUAACCUUGAUAUAAUCUUUCCUGAAUCCACAAUUUAUUUAUUCCCAUUGAGUAUUCAAAAUAUUUUCUAUACGCGGUUUUUUUCAUAUUUUCAUUAUUUACAUUAUUCCAAGUAUGUUUAUUUCAGGCCAAUGUGAGAUUUACCACUUUUUAACUACAUAGAAACAAUGUUCACUUCGCUGAAUACUCUAAAAUUAUAUUUUUCCUACAUUUCAAGGCUCACAAUCUAUUGUUGAACGCUUUAUAGUUUACAAAUAAUUCAUCAAAUUUAUAGCCAAAAUAAGAUGAACAUGUUCUCUAUGUGAUUCGUUCGUAUAUAAUUGUAAAUACUUGUUACACACUCCUUUGUUAUACACUAUUUAUUCUAGCAUUUUGUCAAAUACCGAUUGAGCUACAGGGGAAAAAAGAGAGCUUACUUGUAACUAAUAAUUUGGUUCUAAUGGUUUCACAAAAUUAAACCCAACGCCAAAAGCUUACAUCAAAUUGGACAUAACGUAAGGUGCAUCCUAUGUUGCAUUGUAGGAUUAAAGUGAAUCAACAACUUACACUUUUGGAGUAAUUUGUUGCCCGCAAAAUCGACUAUUUUGCGGCCACAACCAUAAAAAUUCAAUAUUUGUAUGCAAAAAAAUUGAGUAAUUUUAUAAAUUUCAAUUGUUUACACAUUUCGUGUAUUCAUGCUCAUAAAACGCGCAUGUUUUUUGGAUUUGCAAUUUAUACAUAAUGAGAAGUUAUGUCAUCACGAAUACAAUUCUGAUCAAUGAAAAUAAAUUAAACUUUCAGGAAUUAUCAAAA